UAUUAAAUCUAUAUUCAAUUGUACUAUGAUUUGCACUGCUGGAUAUAACCCCAAGAUCUUGAGUCUCCAUGUCUCCACUCUAGUGUUCAUGCGUCUUCAUCACCGGAACUUCCAACAGGUCGCUUCAGCACACUGUACUUGGCCAGGAAAAGGACAUCCUUCGGCUUUGUUUGGAGCUCUGUAGGGCGACGGUGUCUUGUUUGUGUGGAUAUAUGGCGGUUGACGGUGGAUCUUUUCCUUGGUUUGGAAAAUGACGGUGUAGAAUCCAAGUCAGGUGUACAGUGCCCAAACGCGCGACACGUGGACGUCAAGAACCCGUUCGUGGCACGAAACCAAAUUUCGCGCGAGAUAUUCUGAUGACCUUGACCUGACACUCCUCUCUUGUUUUGAUUCAAAACGAAGCUCAGUCAGGGCAUUUCAUCGAACACGCAGAAUGCAUGGAAGAUGAUCCAUAGGGGUCUUUGAGUUUUGGAUUUCUGAAUCACUCACUCUGAAAGAUGGUUGCAUUUGGGAAAAAGUUGAGAGAAUCCCAGAUUCAAGAAUGGCAAGAAUACUAUAUUGACUAUAAGUUGUUGAAGAAGAAACUAAAUCGGUAUACACAACAAGUUGAAGUUGGAACAGAGAAUCACCUCAUUGUUCUGAAGGACUUCUCUAGAUUGUUAGAUUGUCAGAUUGAAAAGUUUGUCAUGUUUCUGCUGGAACAACAAGGAAUUCUUGCAAGCAGGUUAUCCAAUCUCAGAGAACAGUAUGAUUCUCUUUUACAGCAGGCAGAUGGAGAAAAAGUAUGUGAACUACGAGAAGCAUAUCGAUCAGUUGGUCGAGAUCUCUUAAGAAUUCUCUUUUUUGUUGAGAUGAAUGCCAUUGGUUUGCGUAAGAUAUUGAAGAAGUUUGACAAGCGAUUUGGGUUUAAAUUUACCAAUUACUAUGUCAAAACCCGUGCAAAUCAUCCUUAUUCCCAGUUACGACAAGUCUGUAAGCAUGUGGGCAUUGGAGCCGUUGUGGGAGCCAUAUCUCGACACCUCGCGGACCUUCAAGAUCAUCGUGGGAGCUACAUAUCAAUAUAUGAUCAGCCUGCUUUAUCCCACCCGGAUCCUGUUGUUGAUUCUAUUAGAACAGCAGUGGACAGGUUGUCAAACUCGACGAGUUUCCUCCAUUAUUUGGGAAAACAUGCGCUUAUUAUGCAGGAGGAGUUUCCAAGUUCAUCUGAGGAUCCUACUGAUGACAGCGCAUAUCAUUUCAUGUCACUUCUCUUAAAUUUGGCAAAUACAUUUCUCUAUAUGGUCAAUACAUAUAUAAUUGUCCCAACAGCUGACAGAUACACCAUGACCCUUGGAGCCGCAGCAACGGUCUGUGGUGUUGUGAUUGGGUCAAUGGCAGUUGCCCAGGUGUUUUCUUCAGUUUAUUUCAGCGCAUGGUCAAAUAGAUCAUACAUGAGACCACUUGUAUUCAGUAGCAUUGUUCUUCUUGUGGGAAAUACCCUAUAUGCACUGGCGUAUGAUCUUGAUUCAUUAUCAGUACUUCUGAUUGGUCGACUCUUCUGUGGGUUAGGUUCUGCAAGAGCGGUUAACCGGCGUUAUAUCAGUGAUUGUGUACCCCUUAAAUUGCGAAUGCAAGCUUCUGCUGGUUUUGUGAGUGCUAGUGCACUCGGAAUGGCAUGUGGUCCUGCUCUUGCUUGUUUAUUCCAAACUGAUUUCAAGAUUUACAAGUUGACAUUCAACGAAGCCACAUUACCUGGUUGGGCCAUGGCUAUUGCAUGGCUUGUAUAUUUGCUGUGGUUGUGGAUUUCUUUUAGAGAGCCUUCUCGUGAAACUAAAGAAAAUGUUGUGCGAGACGAAUCUAAUUCUGGAAGGUAUAUAGCUGGUUCUCCUGAAACUGAAGAAAAUGCCUUGCCAGAGGAAUCUAAUUCUGGGAGGUUUAUAAAUAUUUCUGUGGACCAUAAUUCUACACAACCAUUACUGGUGAACUCCAACGCUAAGCAUCAAGAUGAAGAUGGAGACGAAGAUUGUGAUAAUGCUGAAGAAGAUUCCAAAGAACUCCAGAGGCCAGUCAAUUCAAUUGUGUCAGCAUAUAGAUUACUUACACCAUCAGUAAAGGUUCAACUACUUAUAUAUUUUAUGCUCAAAUAUGCUAUGGAGAUUGUACUUGCUGAGUCGAGUCUCAUCACUGGAUAUUAUUUUAUUUGGUCAACUAGCAGUGUGGCAAUCUUUCUUGCAUGUCUUGGGCUAACAGUGCUUCCAGUCAAUGUUAUUGUUGGGAGCUAUAUCAGCAACAUAUUUGAAGAAAGGCAGGUUCUAUUGGCCUCUGAAGUUCUGGUGUGCAUAGGUAUACUACUGAGCUUCCACAUAUUGAACUCUUACUCUCUGCCUCAAUAUGUCGGCUCAGCCCUUCUAACUUUCGUGUCAGCUGAAGUCCUUGAAGGUGUGAACUUAUCACUCCUAUCUCGCGUCAUGUCAUCAAGGCUUUCUCGUGGGACUUUCAAUGGCGGAUUGCUUUCAACUGAGGCAGGGACCCUGGCCCGGGUAGUUGCAGAUGGAACAAUAACCCUAGCUGGGUAUUUAGGUGUGAGCAAGGUCUUGAAUACCACUUUGGUUCCUUCUCUGUUCUUCUGUGUCUGUUCCAUUGUUGCCACCUGCUUCACCUACAACUCUCUCUACUAAUUUCCCUUGGAUAACAUAUGAUGUUGUAUAGUAGAGCUAAACUCGUUCAGUAUCAGUUAAUGCCAACAACACUUUUUGCUGCUUGAUUUCAGAUCAUUUCAUAUGAAAAUGAGAACAUCAGCAUUUUGUAUAUC